UAGGUCAUAUGAUUGAGUGUAGUCUGGCCCAGGAGUGUGAAGGUGAACGGAAAGGCUCUGGAGCAACGAACUGAACGCCCUUUCUGUCUCUGCCUGGCCGGUUCCCCUCUCUCCACUGGGAUUCUCUGCCUCUAACCCUAUUACAGGGGCUGAGUCACUGGCUUACUGGUGCUCUUCCAUGCCGUCCCUAGGAGGGGUGCGUCACUUGAGUGGGUUGAGUCACUGACGUGAUCUUCCUGUUUGGGUUGGCACCCCCCUUGGGUUGUGCCGUGGUGGAGAUCUUUUGUGGACUAUACUCUGCCUUGUGUCAGGAUGGUAAGUUGGUGGUUGAAGUUAUCCCUCUGUGGGGGCUGUGCUUUGGCAAAGUGGGUGGGGUUAUAUCCUGCCUGUUUGGCCCUGUCCGGGGGUAUCAUCGGAUGGGGCCACAGUGUCUCCUGACCCCUCCUGUCUCAGCCUCCAGUAUUUAUGCUGCAGUAGUUUAUAUGUUGGGGGGCUAGGGUCAGUCUGUUAUAUCUGGAGUACUUCUCCUGUCUUAUCCGGUGUCCUGUGUGAAUUUAAGUAUGCUCUCUCUAAUUCUCUCUUCCUUGCUCUCUCUCAGAGGACCUGAGCCCUAGGACCAUGCCUCAGGACUACCUGGCAUGAUGACUCCUUGAUGUCCCCAGUCCACCUGGCCGUGCUGCUGCUCCAGUUUCAACUGUUCUGCCUGCGGCUAUGGAACCCUGACCUGUUCACCGGAUGUGUUACCUGUCCCAGACCUGCUGUUUUCAACUCUCUAGAGACAGCAGGAGUGGUAGAGAUACUCUUAAUGAUCGGCUAUGAAAAGCCAACUGACAUUUACUCCUGAGGUAUUGACUUGCUGCACCAUCGACAACUACUGUGGUGAUUACUAUUUGACCAUGCUGGUCAUCUAUGAACAUUUGAACAUCUUGGCCAUGUUCUGUUAUAAUCUCCACCCUGCACAGCCAGAAGAGGACUGUCCACCCCUCAUCACCUGGUUCCUCUCUAGGUUUCUUCCUAGGUUUUGGCCUUUCUAGGGUUGUUUUUCCUAGCCACCAUGCUUCUACACCUGCAUUGCUUGCUGUUUGGGGUUUUAGGCUGGGUUUCUGUACAGCACUUUGAGAUAUCAGCUGAUGGAAGAAGGGCUAUAUAAAUCAAUUUGAUUUGAUUUGAUUAAGCAUCAACUGCAAAAUGCCAUCAUUUAUUGAGUAUGUAUGCUUUCAGAGCCCGAAAGGCCAUUUCUCAGUUUUCGGUAGCUGUAUAACACAAAGUAAAUACCGCUUGAUUUGUUUAAAGUGGAAACUGCAAUGGAUAAAACUGUGCUGCCGUCCAAUAAGAAGCAAUUGAUUUAACACACGAAGUAGAUGAUUAAAUUUGGCUGUGACGGACACUUUCACAGCCAACCAGCUCUAUCAGCAGUCAGUGGAGCUCCUCUGCGUGUCAACAAGGAAAGGAGCCAAGUCAAGGCAACGGUUAUAGCUAUAGAGAAACUUGCAUUUCCCUUCCAACUGGUUCAUUUACUGCAUGCAUCAUGUGCAUUUCAUUACACACAGACAGACACUCCAUUUAAACAGUACGAGCAUCCACCACAUCUGAUUGCAACACUCACAGCAAUUCAGAUGCUUUAGAGAGUUUCAGUGAAAGGCAACAUUCAGUAUCAGGCAUUCAUUCAUUCGCUCUUGGAUGGUUGUCUAUUGAAAUGCAAAAUGGCUGAUAUACAACCAAUUAAAAUAAAAUAAAAACACAUUGAAAACACCUUUACUAAAAAUGUAGCCUACUACUUCAAACCUCCUAAAUUGGUGUUAUACAUUAUUCUGGAUGUGAACAAACGCGACUUGUCCGCUAGACUGUAAAACCAUGAUUCAGACCCCGUUCAUGUACUUUUCCACAGCAUAUAUGAACUAAAUCUGUCUGAGAACUGAGAGGUUUGGUUUGGAUCACUCCCCAAUGCUGGCCUCCUCUCUUAGCCCUGUACCGUCCUGGCAUGUAAGCAUGGCAUUAUUGUCGUGCUUGUGCAGAGUGCGGACUUAAUCAAUGCCCUUGGUUAUUUCUCUGGUUUACAGGCUGAGAGGAGAGAGGGGAGAGAUGGUCAUACUCUUAGCAUGGGGUAGAGUAGGGAUAAAGACUCCUCUGUUUUCUGUUUUAUACUUACUAAAUGUACCCAAUGAAAACGGGUCAGAAGCUACUGCCGUUCCUGAGGAGAGCACUAAAUAAGCUUGAUCAAAAUGAAGGCACUACUCAUUGCUGCUAUUCUCUUGGUUGGACUGUUGGCAAUGGGCAGCGAGGCCAUUCCAUCAAACCGCUGGUCCUGCUACAAGAAAGUCUUGAAGGGCAGGGACUGUCGCAAUGUUGGCAUCUCCAACGGAGUUGCGACCAUGCGACCCAUCGAUUCCCUGCAGAACCAUUUCUGGGAGGGGAACAAAUGCGACAUGGUGUGCUACUGUAACUUCAGUGAGCUCCUCUGCUGCCCAAGGGAUGUCUUCUUUGGACCCAAAAUCUCCUUUAUAAUUCCAUGCAAAACCAUCUGAGCCGUCAGUCGUUUGAAUGGACAGUGAACACGGACGGUGAAAUCUUCUGAAUUGAAACAAUAGUAAAGAGUAAAUGGGGCCAAGGGGGAUGGGCCCAUCCAUUCCGGACUACAGAAUUACAUGCAUUUCAUUCUUCACUUGGAGACAGCUACAACAACGACAAGUUCAGAAGGCUGGAGCUAAAACAAAAGCACAAGCUUUGAAGCUGGGAAAAAAAGAGGCCCAUCUUUCACAAUACUUGGGCCUACAAAUAAAAUGCAUUAUUUUCAGUCUCAAAUACAGCACCCAGUAUAUUUAUUAUCUGUGAAGACAAUUCAAUAAAUGCAGCCCGUGUCCCUCCUUUGCCAAGGCUACAGUUCAACACUUGUAUAUCUGACUUGGCAGACCCUUCAUUUGGCAUUUGCAAUGAUGUGACACUCCCCAUUAUCUACACCCAAACGUAAACAGAUCUCACUCUUUGACAAUAGUCGUAGUACAGUAAUACCACGAAGUGUGCACAUCAAAAAAAUAUCAUUCAAUAGUUAAUAGUAUGCCAUUCUUGAGAGACAUGGCAUUUUAUAUUCAAGGCUAUUAAAUGCCGUAAAUGUCAGCAGGAUCAUGAAAUGUGAUGUUGUGAUGAGCCUAUGAAGCAUGAUUUUACAUGGCUGAAACAAGUGGGCUGUACAACUGUAUUGUAAAUGUCUUUGCAAAAGGAUUAUAGUACUGUGUGUGUCACUAGGCCUAAAUAACUGUAAGGCGCUCUGGAUCAGAGCAUCUGCUAAAUGACUAAAAUGUGAAUAACAUAGCACUUACAGAUCCCCUAGACCGGUGAAGCUGUUUAAACAAGUUGUUCUACUGCUCCAUGACAUCUCCCUGUACUUAUCCAAUGAUUUUAUGUCAAUUACAACACUGUAUGUGAGAAUAUUAAUAAACAGAUCGGUUUG